GUUUAUUAUACUAAUAUCUCAGGAGAAUCUCUCAACCCUAACCCUAAUUAAUGCCUGCUCAGAUCUAACCUCGGAUAUAUCCCUUGUGCAGCAAAUCUCCUGCCAGACUGGGCUUAAAACCCAACAACCCUAAUGGCCAAUUUUCCCUAUACAAUGACUUUCCACCCAAAUAAUGAAUUUGACCUUGCGAAUUUCAGUUCCAUCUCAUUUCAGCCCGACAAAGCGUACAAAAAUGGUCAGGAUUUCUAUAUUCAGGAGCGUUCAGCAAUUGGGUUUGGUAACCCCAGUUCAACUAACUUUGGGAAGAAGGCAAGCGCACAACCCAGCAAACAGAUUAUCCACAAAAUGAUUGAAAGGAAGCGGCGGAAAGACAUGAAUUCUCUCUACUCGGAGCUGAGGUCACUACUUCCGGAAGAAAGCAUUCGGGGAAAGCGUUCAAUAACAGACCAACUGGAGGAAGCCGCUAAUUACAUUCGUAAUCUAGAGCAGCAGAUCAAAGAUUUAAGAAAGGAAAGAGAGAAGAAGAACACUCGUGAAGCAUGCUUUAAAGGUGUUGAAAUAUCCAGGCCUGUUGAAUUCCACGAAUCAGAUGAGGGCUUCCCAUCAGUUAAGAUAAUCUCACUCGGUUCAACUGCAUUUCAGGUACAAAUAAACUUGACCCAGAAUCAGAUUGCCUUGUCCGAUAUUCUUCUUGUGUUGGAAGAAUAUGGAGUUGAAGUUGUCAAUGCUGCUUCGUCUGUAACUAAUGAAAAAGUCUUCCAUACCCUAUACUUCAAGGUAUUUUCCUAAAAACUUCUUACAGUAUGUAUGCUUCAUUCUCUUCAGAACUCUGAGGUGCAUUUUAUUUCAAUUUCACAGGUACCAGACAAUAGCUUUACUAAUAUCGAGCCACUAUAUGUUAAACUUCAGCA